AUGUCUUUUGCAGAAGGUUGGACUGGUCCCACGGUGAAACUUUCGAAUGGGGUCCGAAUGCCAAUACUUGGAGUCGGCACAUCUCAAGUUGGAGGAUUCUCUCAAGAUGCUACUCUGUUUGCGCUGCGUGAUUGUGGCAUACGCCUCGUUGACACAUCAAAGUACAAUGAUUGUGAGGUGCAGCUGGCCGAGGCCAUCCGAGAUAGUGGGUUGCCCCGAAGUAAUCUGUGGCUCACCAACAAGCUCUGGCCAUUGGACUAUGGAUAUGAAACUGCUAAAACGGCCUUUCAGAAAUCCUGCUCUCAGAUGGGGGUAGAGUAUUUUGACCUCUACAUGUUGCACUGGCCAGGUUCGAUGCAGCCUGGUCGCUCGAACAGAAAACUAAGAGCUGAGGCAUGGAGAUCUUUGGAAGAGCUUUAUGAAGAAGGAUUGUGUCGCUCUAUCGGGGUUAGCAACUUUAUGAUUCACCAUUUGGACCAAUUAAAGGAGGACUGCGCUAUCGUGCCACAUCUUAACCAGGUGGAGUAUCAUCCUUUCCAGCAGCCCAACGAGCUUAUCGAGUACUGUCAACACGAGGGCAUCGCAUUUCAGGGCUACUGCCCACUGGCUAAGGGUCAAGUCCUGAGCAGUCCCACCAUUAUCCAGGUGGCCCAAAAGUACAGACGCACACCUGCUCAGAUCUGCAUCCGCUGGAGUGUUCAGAACGGAGUCAUUACAAUACCAAAGUCAACCAAAAAGGAACAUGUGGCUGAAAACUAUCAGGUGCUUGAUUUCCAGCUGGAUGAGGAAGACAUGUUGGUUAUAAACAAGAUGCAUGAUGGGAGACAUGUGUCCUGGGAUCCAAGAGAUGUGGAGUAA